AUGGUGCUCCGCAUGGAGUCACAGUACUUCUUUGAAGCCAUACCCCAAGGUUACUCUUACCUGACCUAUCUGCUGUCACCCCCAGCACCACCGGAACCCAUCAAAGACCACUGGACUCCUGAGGAGAACGAGAUCUUUGAGAGGUGCAUUGCUGAGCUUGACCAUCUGUCCAGGGACUUCUUCGACAACAUUGCGCAAAGGAUCCCCAAAAAGAGCGUAGGGCAGAUCAUGAGGCACUUUGAGGCAUUGGUUGAGGACGUCGACCAGAUCGAGUCGGGUCGAGUGCCAAUCCCCGACUACGACAAAUCUAAGAGAAAGGUUGAUGUGAAGACAGAGCCAAGCGAUGAGCCAAGGGAGGGUAAGAGCACUCGGCGAGCCCCAAGAAGGAGGGGAGUCGGAUGGAGCAGGGAAGAACAUGAGUUGUUCCUCGUGGGUUUGGCAAAGUUUGGGAAGGGUGAUUGGAAGAGCAUCUCCAGGAACUGCGUCAGGACCCGGAACCCGACCCAAGUCGCGAGUCACGCCCAAAAGUACUUCAAGCGCCUCAAGAACGACCCCGACCGCCGCCGCUUCAGUCGGCUCUCCGAUCCGUUGGCCCUGCCCAGCGCAUCGGAGACGAUCGACCGUCCAUCGAUCUACAUGCCCUCGCUCCGAUUCGCUUCGUUCGGGAACCGAAGGAUUGGACACUCGCUCGCAUAUUAUCGGUACAAGAACUAG